CGAGCGCGACGUUAUUUACACGUGUAUCAGUGCGCGCACGGUUCUGGUGAGAGCCCAGCAACUCUGCGGCGUGUCUCAGCCGCUGCGAACAGCCGCCACCGCGCAAAGGGACUCAACAAUGUCCCAUUACAGCAAAGCUGAGCAAGAUGACUGGCUGACGAUAUAUCUGAAGUAUUUGUUGUUUGUGUUUAAUUUCUUCUUUUGGGUGGGUGGUGUUGCAGUGAUGGCAGUUGGCAUAUGGACCUUAGCUGAAAAGAGCAACUACCUGAAUAUCCUGGCAUCUAGUACAUUUGCAGUUUCCGCAUAUAUCCUGAUCUUCGCAGGAAGUCUUGUCGUGAUUACAGGUUUUCUGGGAUUCUCUGCAGUCGUCAGGGAACAAAGGAGUUGUCUUUCUACAUAUUUCUCCCUGCUGCUCUUGAUCUUCCUCAUUGAGCUGGUUGCUGGAGUUCUGGCCUAUAUUUACUAUCAAAGGCUAGGCGAGGAGUUGAAACAGCACCUGACCCAGACCCUGACUGAGAAUUAUGCUUUGCCUGGGAAAGCGCACAUCACACAUUCCAUUGAUCGCCUACAGCAAGAUUUCCAGUGCUGUGGGAGCAAUAGUUCUACUGAUUGGCAGCAAAGUGCCUAUAUCCUCUCCUCAGAGUCCGGGGCUCGUGUGGUACCAGACAGCUGCUGCAAAACGGUGACCUUUGAGUGCGGGAGGAGGGAUCACCCAUCUAACAUCUACAAGGCAGAGGGAGGAUGUAUCACUAAACUGGAACAGUUCCUGGCAGAUCACCUCUUGAUAAUGGGAGCUGUCGGCAUAGGAGUAUCCUGUCUUCAGACACAGGAGCUGAGGCAUGGGAAUUGCAAGUACCCUGUUCAAGGUUACACAAUCUGUGGGAUGAUUUUAACCUGUUUUCUGCACAGAAGACUUAAAAUGGAAUCCUACUGAAGAACAAAAGGGGUCCUAUCAGUUUGCUUUCCUGUUAAUGCACAACAUAAACCUGGAAAGUAUUAGCAUGGGCCAGCAUCAGUAUUGCUUGCGCAUGAUUAUUAGGUGAUAUGUCCGUUUGCUCAGUUCCAACUUUCCUCGUGAUUUUGAUAUGCCUUAAAUUGAGAUGAGAUUUAGCACAGUUAUUGCUUGCAGCUUGUUCAAAUCCAAAACCAAGUAAAGAAGCAAAUUAUGAUUUUUCUUUUUAAAAAUUUUUGUACAAUUUCUAAAACAAGGUUUUACUGUACUGCUGCAGUCUGAUUUGUAGAGUCAUUCUUUUGUAGAGUCAUAGCCUUAAUGAUGCCAGUUACUUUCCUGUAGGAAGAGGCAAUAACAAGGUUAAACACUGCAUCCUGUGUGUGGUCAUAGUGGAUUUUUUUCAGGUUAAUAGACUUAUCUUCCUAACAGUAGGGUACAUUAACUUGAGCAAUCAAGUUAAUUUUAAAUGAAGGGAUCCAACAGAAUUUUUCACAUGUAAUAACAUUGUUAGACUUUCUGCUGUUCAGUAUUUUUUUUAAUUCUCUGUCUGUCUUCCUCUCCCUCCGGCUGAAGCUGCAGUCACAGCAUCCUGUGGGUUGAGAUGGAGGGAGGGCCAGAGGGCCAGUGUAGCUGCCAGAGCUACACUUGGAAAAGUCCAGCAGAGGGUGCUGUAUGAGUAGGUUGGAUGCAUUUCAGCUAGCUUUCAUCCAGAAAUGUACUUAGUUUCAAUUUAGGGCCUGGAGGCAGAAUGUGAUUAGGAGACAACAAAUGGGAGACGAUGUCUUUUUGCCUUGCCUCUUGCUGCUGCUCCAUAGUCACCUGGCAUGCCUGAGCUAAGAUGUGUCACUUUGCCUCUUUAUUGUAGCCUAACAGGUUGUUUCAGAAAAUGAUAGUUAGAUCAAAGAGGGAGUUUUGUGCACAGCACAUAGAACCUGAAUCAGAGGAGAACAUUUUAUUUAAAGAAAAGACACCCACUUACUAUACAUCAAUCAGCUGUUUUCUCUGAUCAGGAUUAUAUUAAAUCCUCUGAUCACAUUAUAUUACAUUUCUCUGAUCAGAUUAUAUUUAAUCCAUUUAGGUAUCCAGGCUAGCUAAAGAGCUAUACCAAAGCUAAACAAGAACGUUAAAAUCUACAAAAAAAAGAGAAAGACAAUAAACCCAAAUCUGAAGCUCUAUCCUUUUGUUGCAAAUGCCAAAUAACUCAGAAACCACUUUAGUGAAGACAACUUGGGUAGAUUAGAUAGCUAGAAUGGGUGGCUAGAUGGGAAGGAUGGAAAGGUAGGUGGGAAGAAUGAAUGGCCAGCUAAAUAGAUGAAUAGGAUGGAUGCUGAGAUAUAUAAUCCAUUUUCUUUGUGAUGGUCUCUUUUCAUGACAGUGAGAUUUUUUUCCAUGGCAACUUAUUAUGAUACCACACAGCCAGGUCCUUAUCAUACAGUUGCAGAAGAGAAGGAAAACUUAAUUUAUGCACACACACAUACCCCUACCUAUCUGUCUACAUGUACAUACAUAUAUAUGUGUGCGUAUAUCUAUGGCUAUAUUUAUAUCCAAAUGCUCAGCACUUCAUAGCAGUUACUUCAAUAUGGGUACAAAAAGUCAAAUUUCCCUUACCAUUUAUGCCUCCGAGACUGGCUUCAUAAUAUUGUAAGAAAAGAUACUUUAUUUCAGAAGAAUAUUUUUUAAAUUGCUUAGCUAGUCAUAUUAAUGCCCUUUCCCAUCCUCAUAUGGCACUAUGACACCAUCUGUCCAGCUACCUUUAUUCUACAGUCUUGCUAUUAUACAGCUGCUGAGCGAAAUCUGGCAUCAUUUAAACCGCAGGCUGGCUCUUUAACCCAGCAGUCCAGCUUCUUUAGCAAUUGCUUUCUAGUUACCACCUCCCUGUUUUGCAGUUUGACAUUGGAUUGCCAGGCAUGUCGGUUGAAGGGAGAUCCAUGUAGGUGCUCAUGCUAGCAAGGUACUUGAUGACUUAUUUGGUAGUCUUAGAGGCUUACCUCUCUCCAGAAUGACCUGAAUGUUACUUUAAUUGUAACCUGCCUGCAAUUCUGUUACAGCAAUCUACUACUGUAUGUGGAUUCAUUAUAUUUUGUAUUACAGUAUUAUCAGGCCUAAAGGAGGACUCCUGCCUGUUUAGUCUAUGGCCGAAUCUCUGAAUCAGGCCAAAUCUUUUCCAAAUCGAUUUGGAGGCUUCCAAUUCGAUUUGGACCUCUUAAUUGGUCUCCCGAUUCAGAUUCGAAGAUUCGGCUGCUGAAUCAGGCCAAAUCUCCGAAUAGAAUCGGCUAUUGAGGCUUUGCACAGCCCUAUUAGAUGAUAGAGCCUGGCAUUAAUGACUAUCUGAAGCAGGGGGGACAUCAACAUCUCAGCAGCGAAUGAGAGAUAGUGGGCAGUGUGGGACAAGCUUGGAAGGGGAGACCGGCAGUCUGUCUGAUGCAGUGGAAAAGAGAUCUUUCAUAGCAGUGCAAAGCACUGUUCAAGCAGCCUUUUUCCAUAUCUUUUCCAUAUCUCCAGACCAGUGUCUGCAUUGUCUGUAAUGAUUAAUCAGUCACAACUGCAAAGGAAAGGAAGUGUAACAGAGUGCUUGAUUCUAGGGCCUGUUGUGCUGAGUCUUUCUGUUUUAGGUGUUAGAGUCCUAGGGCAUCUUUAUGUGUACUCCAGAGGCAGGGAGGCGAGAGCGCUUUAAUUAGAGUGGCUCCAAGAUCUGCUCUAAUUCAAGUGCCCACAGAGUCUCAUGUAUUACGCAUCCCAUGCUGCAAAAUGGCAGUGGGAAUGCUUUAACUAAAGUUCAGUCAAUGAGCUUUAGUUGAAGUGCCCCCACUGCCAUUUUGAAGUGUGGGGACACUGAAUACUCUAGACGCAGAGGCUGCUGCAUGCACUAAUUAGCACGCUCCAGCAGACUCGAUUAAUUGAGUCUGCUUUGACACACUGUAAUUGCAGUGAGUUGGAGCAUCAUCCCUGCACGUCUACAGCAACCCCUAGGUUGGGAGGCACAGAGGGUGGCUGCUGAGUCAUGCUGAGGUUACAUAAGGUGCAGUUAGCUCUAUUCUAAAUAUAUGAGAUGGUUUCUCAUCUCUUUCAUCAAGAAGGACCCAGCGGUUGGAUCACAAAGGGUUCUAAAAAAGGAAGAACCAAAGAACUAGGAACAUAGGCUGAAGUUAGUGCCUUUCACUGUUAUUUAAAGUAUCCAUAAAGCCAAAUCCCAGGGAAGGGAUAAAAGUCAGAGUGUUAGUGGCAGGACUGAAGCCUAACUGGACUCAACACAGUGUGGUGGGUAUACUGAGCUCAGGCCCAAUGUAUAAUAGAAUAAUUGUGAACAUCACCUAUUUACUUUUAUUAAAGUAGAUUCUGGGUAAAAAAUAUGUUUUGAGAUUCAUUUGAAAAUCACUUUUGUAUAAAAUGUGGAUGGUGUUUUGUACAGGAUAAAAGCUCUUAAAAAUUGGACUGCACAACAGUAAGUGAAGCUGGAAGUAAUGUGUACUAUGAUGCUUGUCUGCUGUCACCACCUCAGAAACAAAUGCUCUUUCUGUGACCAUAGAAUAUAAAACUUAACAAGGGUCAAAGUUCUUUUGCUAUAUUGCCCUUUCAUAAUUUCUACAUGAUUGUCUUGUUUGGGACUGUAAUUAAAACAGUCAAUUAAGUGCAUAGAGGUAGUACAAAAAUGCUGUCUUAUCUUAAGAUCAGAGUGCUGAAUGCUAACAUAACAACCAUUACACCAGCCUGUAUUCUGCCUUAUCCCACCACACCAUAAAUUACCUUGCCUAUUUCUUGCCACCAGGCAGAGUUUGUUAUGACCAAGUGAUUGUUAUGCUAUUGUACAUGGUUAAUUGCAACCUCUCAGUGAAAAUGGUAUCGGAAUAAAGCCUUAUAAUUUAAAACAGGACCAAGUCCCAUAACCACAUUUCAUUGAAAUAGAAAUUGUAUUUUAUGCUUGGGAUGGUAUAUGUUUCCC